AUGUCAGUGUCAGACUUCGUGGCUUCAGCUACAGAAUCCAAAGCAGGCCAAGCCUUCCUCUAUGGUGCUUUGGCCAUUGGUGUAUUCAAAAUCACCACCUUCACCUUGAGCUACUUCUCCAUGGUUGCUGAUUUAUUCAUUCUUCCUCCAACCAACUUUGGUAAGUAUGGAGCCAAAAAGGGUAAAUGGGCUGUCGUUACUGGUGCUUCUGAUGGAAUUGGCAAGGAGUAUGCUAUCCAGUUGGCCAAAAAGGGCUUGAAUGUGGUGUUGGUGUCGAGAACGUUGCUGAAGUUGGAGGUUAUUGCCGAGGAGAUUAAAACUAAAUACGGCGUUCAAACUGCUGUCAUUGCGUUUGACGCAUCCAAGGACAUCGACGCCAAUUACGAAAGUAUCCGUGAAGUCAUUGCCGAGUUGCCUGUGACGGUGGUGAUCAACAAUGUUGGCCAAUCCCACUCUAUCCCAGUCCCAUUUUUGGAGACUGACUUGAAGGAGUUGACCGACAUUAUCACCAUCAACAACUUAGUCACAUUGAAGAUCACCCAGACUGUGCUUCCAUACAUUUUGGACACUGUUAAGAAUGACAAGAGCUCUAGAGGUUUGAUUUUGACCAUGGGUUCUUUUGGAGGUUUAUUGCCUACUCCAUACUUGGCCACGUAUUCCGGUUCGAAGGCAUUUUUGCAACAAUGGUCUGCUGCCUUGGCUGGUGAAUUGAAGCCACAUGGCGUGGAUGUGGAAUUGGUGGUGUCGUACUUGGUUACUUCUGCAAUGUCUAAGAUCAGAAGAGCCAGUGCUACCAUUCCUACUCCUAAGGCUUUUGUUGCUGCCACUUUGAGAGGAGUUGGUAAGAGAGGUGGAGCACAGGACCGUUACGCUACGCUGACUCCAUUCUGGGCCCAUGCUUUCAUGCACUUUUUCAUUGAGAAUUCUGUUGGAGUCUACUCUGGAUUAGCAAACAAGCUCAACCUUGGUAUGCACAAGAGCAUCCGUGCCAGAGCCUUGAAGAAGGCUGCCAGAAGUAAGAAGGAGACUUAG